CCAGAGUGAGCGUCGAUCGUCAUGCGAUACCCAGAGCUUUUGAAAGAGCGGUCACUGCCAGCUCACUUGGGGACUUACGUUGCAUGAUCAAGAUGGACCUCGUUGCCGAUUAAUGCCUAACUCCAAGUCAUGGUUCAGAAACAACCGCGGCGGGCCCGGGGUCACAGGGAUUCUAGAGUGUCUUCGGAAUCUGAGUCAGACUCUGACGGGCAACUCACACCAGAGGCAUCCCCCUCUCCACCUUCCACCCCGGGCAAUAAUGACGGUUCUGCUCGCCAUCCUGGCCUUGUUAGCCCAAUAACUGAUUCUGAUUCCGAUGCUCACCCUGUCGCUUCACGGGAACAUCCUCGUCGCUCACAGGCCCCGACGCCAGAGUCUGAGGAUAACAGCUCUGACGACAAUCGACCAACCCCUCCUUCAACACGUUCCACUUCGAAAGCUCCAACCUUGCGUAAGACGAUCAUCUCCAGCGGAGAGGAGGAGGAAGAUAACGAGCCUCCACCGAGACCCUCCCGGAAGUCCUCAGCAACAUCACAAAGAGCAAAGUCGGCGGCUCCGUCAAGAUACAAGGCUGGUACUGCGAAUCGUCGUCCGCCAAGGCCUACCAAGACAUCUGGCGAGGGUGCAGAAUUUGACUCGGGAGAUGAGACCGUGGAGAGCCAGAGGAAACGAUACGAAGAGCGUCAACAACGGCAGCCAUCCUCCAUUGGUUCGCCGUGGAGAGCAUUAAAGAGAUCUUGGAGGUGGUUCUGGGGUUGGGAGGGAUGGAUCCUUGUGCGAGCUUAUAUCGCGAUUCCCAUCGCUUUGACCAUCUCUUGUUUGAUGCUUGCUAUUGGGGCCACUGGACCCGCUCCUGGAAUCACAUGGUGGUGGUUCUGCAUAUCGAAUGACAUUAAGCUCGGAGGCAUAGGCUACUGUCAAGGGUGAGAGGGCCACAAUGCUCCGUAGUCAUCGUUCCGGUCGGUGAUGACUAACAUUCAUCUAGAGGCACCUGCACAACGGCGGUGGCAUACACUGUUAC